AUGGAACGUGACCGUGCUAAUUGCCGUGGCAUGCACAGCGAGGGGUUGGCAGACUCGACCGGCUUUGUGGCCCUCGACCACACAAAUCAAUUAAUCGUAAUGUCAUUCCGGGGCACCACGUCCUUCUCCAACAUCCUCGCGGAUAUCAACUUGGUCAUGGUCCCCUGGGACAUCUGCCCUCUUUGCACAGCACACUCUGGCUUCCUCGACUCCUGGACGAGCGUAAAGCCCCAAAUCGAAGGGGUUCUCGCGAGCGCACGACAGAGCUUUCCUACGUAUGGGAUUGUAGCAACGGGACAUAGUCUCGGUGGCGGGAUCGCCACGCUGGCGGCCGCCGAUCUGAGGAAGAACUCUGGCUACGAUGUCUCUUUGUAUACUUACGGCUCGCCGAUGGUGGGCAACUAUCUCCUCGCGACGUUCAUCACCAACCAAUCGUCGAACAACUUCCGGGUUACACACGCACAGGACCUCAUCCCAAAAUUGCCUGGGUACCCAAUCUAUGCGCACGUUUCCCCGGAAUACUGGAUCACAUCGCCCACAGACGCGGUCGUCACGCCGAACGAUGUCCAAGUGAGUAGCGGGGUUAUUAAUCUAAAGGGCAAUCAGGGGCAGUUGGACAGCAGCAUCGACGACCACGGCUGGUACUUUAACGACAUUUCGGCGUGUUCGCCGGGGCUGGGGAGCGAGCUGGGGAGGUGA